AUUUGCAUCCUUCACGGCCACUCAACAUCAACAUCCUUCUCAAUUUCUUCCGCUGCCACUUCUGCCUGCUCAAAUCUCUCCGCCUUCGGUCGCCGUCUUCUGCCCGUUCGAUGGCUUCGCCUCGGCGGAGAGCGACGCUCUCCGUUGCGCCCAAGGCCGUAGCAGUGAAGCGCGCCCUCCUCACCGGCAGCCGCAAGAACGCCUCCCACACCCUCUUCCUCUUCCUCUUCUCCGCCUUCUUCUUCCUCAUCUUCUUCUACACCGACGAAAUCAAGUCCCUGGCCGACUACUCCUUCGGCACAGCCGCCAGAUCAAAGUACCAGAAGGACCUCGCCGGCGAAUCGAGAAAUACGCCGCCGGCCGGCAUUUCUUCGGCGGUCGCCGACCCUGUGCCGGAGCGGACUCAGAUUCCGCCGAAGGUGGAGGCCAACAGGCGGCCUGCGGCGGCCGCGCAAGACGAGUGCGAACUCGCCGUAGGGCGGUGGGUGUUCGACGACGUCUCGUAUCCGCUCUACAAGGAGCACGAGUGCCAGUUCCUGACCGAGCAGGUGACCUGCAUCCGGAACGGCCGCCCAGACGACAGCUACCAGAAAUGGCGGUGGCAACCCCGGGACUGUGAUAUGCCCAGAUUUGACGCGAAGGCGCUGUUGGAGAGGCUGCGGGGGAAGCGCCUCAUGUUCGUCGGAGAUUCUCUCAACAGGAACCAGUGGGAAUCCAUGGUUUGCCUCGUGCAAUCCGCCAUCCCGCAGGGCAGGAAGACUCUGGUGAAGAAAGGCUCGUUCAAUGUUUUCCGAGCAGAGGAGUAUAAUGCCACUGUGGAGUUCUACUGGGCGCCGUUCCUGGUGGAGUCCAACUCCGACGAUCCUCAGAUUCACAGCAUCCGGGACCGGAUCAUCAUGGCGGACUCCAUUGCCAAGCACGGGAAGCACUGGAAGGGGGUGGAUUACUUGAUCUUCAAUACCUACAUUUGGUGGAUGAACACAGCGAAGAUGAAGCUUCUGCGAGGCUCGUUCAGGAGGGGAUCGAGGGAGUACGAUCUGGUCGACCGGCCGGUGGCGUACCGGCGAGUGAUGGCGACGUGGGCCAGCUGGGUGCAGAGGAAUCUGGAUCCGAAGAAGACGAUGGUGAUCUUCAUGAGCUUGUCACCGAAUCAUAUGAGGAGCAAGGAUUGGGGGAACCCGAAGGGGGUGAAGUGCGCGAUGGAGACGAUGCCGAUCGCGAACGCGUCGCAGACGGCGAGGCUGGGGACGGACUGGCGGCUGUUCCGGGCGGAGGAGGAGGCGACGCGGGCAAUGCGGUUCCCGGCGGCGUUCAUCAACAUCACGAAGCUGUCGCAGUUCCGGAAGGAUGCGCACACGUCGGUGCACACGCUCCGGCAGGGGAAGCUGCUGACGGCGGAGCAGCAGAGGGAUCCGGCCACUUACGCCGACUGCAUCCACUGGUGCCUGCCGGGCCUCCCGGACACGUGGAACGAAUUCGUGUACGCUCGGAUCGUUUCGCGGCCAUAGCAAAACUGGGCCGGAUGAAUGGGCCAGACCUCAAUCGACCCAGCUCGCCCGAUCCACGAUUUUUUAUUUGUUUUCAAUGUGAGAUUAAAUUCUUUAAUUAUCAUCACGCAAGAACUCAAUCUGGUAAAA